AGCCACCACCGAACUUAUCUCCCACACCACCACCACUUUCUUCGUCGUCGCACACGACUAGCUGCACAUUGACUUCCACGGCGCUCUUCGCGACAGUCUCACCCUCGUUUUUGAACACCCUACGCUCUCUAUUGUUUUCGAUUUUCUUGGUCGGCACGAGACGCAGCCAAGUCGCGCCCGAGUCGCGGUUACUUUUGUUAGGAAGGACGUCAUUACCGUCGAAGUUUGCCCGCACCAUUUGUUUUAGAGGGAGGGUAUAAGACAACGAGACGCUGGUCGCUCUUUUUCUGUUUCGUCAACCUUAAUUUUGAAGUAGGCUCUCAAUGUCUACUUCUCGGGGCCAACCACAGGUUGCCCUCAAAGACCGCAUAGCAGCUCUCCAACAACGCAAAGAUGGAACCUCAACCUCCACCUCCGCAUCCUCCUCCACCAUCGCCCCUCUGAAGCCCCAACUAACUGGCCCCGCCGGCUCUGGUCCUCCACGAAAUAACCUCCGCGAUAAGAUCGCUAAAUUCGAGGAGAAGGGCGGUACACCCAUUCCGCGUGGUUCGUUCGGCAUCGGCGCGCCUCCACCUGAAGAAGGCGGGAGAGCGACGAGAAAUAGGGAGUUGUAUGGGAAUAGGGUGUCUGCGCUAGGGAAAGGCCAUCUUGGCUUCGUACCGCAAAAUCUAGCCACGCAGAACAGGGCCGUUACCGCUCCUACCUCGAAUUCCGAAGAGGGUGCGGGUGCGGGUGCGGGUGGAAGACCACAGGCCCGGAAACGAUACUCCUCGAGUCUUUCACUAGCUGGAAUACCGGACGGAGCUGUUACUAGUCACAGCACCGGUAAUAUUCCGGAACUGGGAAGCGGGUUGGGACUAGGGUCGGGAGGGGACGAUCUCGCGCCUCUGACGCCGGAUUAUACGGGGGCUUCGACAAAGUCUGCGCCGGCGUGGAGAAGCAAUAAUAGGAGGAGCGUGAUUGAUAUCAUAGGGCAGUAUGAUGUGAUGGAUUUCAUGACGCAGAUCCCGCCGACGCCAACGAGGGGGAGGACGAUGUCGAUGUCGGACGGAGGAUUCUCUUCGCCAGACGGGCCUCGUUCUCCUAUCAGUGCUAGUGGAGGGAUGGAUAAUUUGGUCAUUGGGCAGGAUUUGCCGUUGCAUACCCUUAUGGAAGACACGCCAACUUCGGCUGGGAGGGGUGUAGCGGAAGAGUUGGAGAAAGCGAUAGCGAUGGGAUCUGAAACUGGGAACUUUGACCCGUCGCCGGUGGUCGUUACGUCGCCCGAAGGCGAAGAUGGCUAUGCGCAGGAGUCCGUCGUCAAAUCGUCUCCUUCGCAGACUUCGUCACUCCCGACACCUCCACCGGAUGAAAACUCUGUUUCAUUCCCUUCCAAUGCAUCACCUGAGGUCGUACAGCCCGUUUCACCUCUGUCGCCACCACCACCGUCAUCCCCAUCGAAAUCUUCGUCGCCGUCAUUGUCGUCUUCGCCUGAGCCCGUGAAGGACGAACGGUCUGGCUCGAGCUCGACGCUUCGGCUGUCGUCGCCCACUGCCGCUGCCGCAUCUCCUGACGAGAUCAAUCAGAAGUCGACAGACGGGAUCGACCUUCCCACGGAGGGCGUGAAGCCUUCAGGACAGGAUCUGUCCGUCCAGUCCACAACCUCUCAACCCGAACUAUCAUCCACACCCGCUAGCGUUUCCACUCUCGCAACGCCCGACAUGGCUAUUCCACCUCCCGCUCGCGAUUCUCAAGACGACGAAUCUGAGGCUCAGUUCAUCACCAUUUCUUCUUCCUCGUCGGUUGCUCAAUCACAAGGUCAAUUACCGGACACGCCUACCACGGCGACUGCAGCUACAUUCAGGCUCCGCUCUGCUCCAACUGCGGCUGCAUCUGUCUCAGAGCCCGAAAGAUCGAAGACGACGGCUACUCGUACCAUCAUCCCGCCUCCUCGCACUUCUUCUAUGUCGUCGAGCUCCUCCUCUGCCGGCGUCGAUUCCCAGUACAACUUCCAUUCUCGGGAGACCUCGACUUCGACGUCUUCCUCGGACGCAAUCACAUCCCCAUCGACACCCAUAGCGAAGUCUCGUUCGGCCAAGCAAGUUAUGGAGGACAUGCCGUUCACGCCAACUACAGGCCCCAAGAGUUUCUCCGCCGUCGUUCAUCGUAAGACUACGGAGCCCUCUACGACGACGACCACUGCCGCCGCAGCUAAGUCAAGCAGUGCUCCCAACCGCACUAAGAGCACGUCCGACAACGGUCACGCCAUCCGCUCCAAACGCAACUUCAAGCAUCUCAACAACACCACCGCCGCCACCACGAACGCUAAUACCGUUCCCACCGUCGUCGAACCCCCGGCCACGCCGAACGCGAGCGAGCUGCAGGCGUUGUUGAGGGAGUCGGCCAUCCUGGAGCAAAGGUUGAUGCAAGGCGACUUUUUCGAGCCCGACUUUGGUGGCAGCGACGAUUUCGCGUCCGGGCUGGUUUAUGGCGGUAGUGGGACGAGCAAGUCCGCGAUUGAGCUCUCGAGGUUCAGCUCCGAUAGCCAAGCACCCAGGCGUGGACGUGGAGAUUCCAACGGGACGCUUGGACAGAAACAAAGGCUCUCCAGCACGCCCGCGCUCUCGUUGCAAUACAGUAACGGUGGUGCGAGCGACGAGAGCGCCGUUCCGCCUACUCCUCCGCCCAAGGGCGGGGCGACUCGGAGGUUCCAGAGCUUGAGGAGCGCGCUGAAGACCGGUACAUAUCCGAGGAAUAGCGUCGCGAGCAUGAGCGAGGAUAUGUCUUCGGAGGAUUCGAUCGUCGUGGCCACGCCGCCUUCGCCGACUUUUGAGUUGGGCAUGGGUGGUGGGCCGUCGAGUUUUACGUUCUCGAGGGACCGGUCGCAGAGUCAGAGUCAGGGGUCGAUUUCCAGUCAUAGUCAUGGGAGACCGGCGACAGGUAGUAGUACGAAAUCGAUCAGGAGCGUGAAGAGUGGGAAGAGUACGAAUGGGUUGAGUUUGGGGAUGGCUUCGCUCGGUGGGAGUUUCAAGUCGGGUCCUAGGAAAGGAGUGCAGAGGGCAGCGACGUUUGCGGACAGGUUGUUGGGUAAGGGCGGGAGAGGGAAGCGUGGUCAGGAUAAUGCAGAACAGACCUCUGCCAAUACUCUCGAAGUGUCACAUGGCACUCCUGUUCGCCACUCCGCCGCCGUUGCCAACGACCGCAACUAUUCGCAUAGCCCAGGGUCUAUCAAGACCUCGGGUGCCACCGCCUCUCUUGCACCUUCUUCACCAUCUCGCUCUAUGUCGAUGAUGUCCCUCUCCGCCUCUUCAGCCGCCUCCUCGCCCAACAAUACCGCUUCCUUCGAAUUCGACCGGGACAUCUUCAACGAAUUCCCAUCUGUGCCGCAGGAGUUACCCACGAGACCCUCUUUGUCUUACGAGGUCCCUGCCUCUGCUCCCGCAACUGGUGUUUUCAGGUCAACCACAAUGCCUACAGGGAGGGGUGCUCACCACAAGGCUUCCACGGAUCUGGGGUAUGUGGACGAGGAGGUGUCCGGAAGGACUAGUCAGUCGACGUCGGUGCCGUGGUUGAAGCUAUCGCAGCCGGACAAGGGGCCCACGGAUCUCUUGUGAGGUCUGCCUUAAAGUAGAAUUGCUGAAUCUUGGUUUUCUUUCGUGUUUCAUCAGCUUUGUUCUUGUAUCUGCAGACUAAUGCUGUCAAGCUAGUCAUCGUUCUGAAUCUUUCCCGUCUACCGUGCGCUCUUUCAUUUUCAUCUCAUGACUACUCGAUUUUGUUCCUCUUUUACCGGCUUUUUUCUGGUUGGUCUCACUCACGUCUUGAUGCUUGAUCUUUGUUUUGUUCCUCUCUAUCUUCUGAUACGCUACAGUUGGCGUGUUGGCCUCUCUUACAACCUCACCCAUCCCUCUCCUUACCAAUUUUCCCGUUGCUCGUCUUGCUCUCUCUCUAACUCUACCCCUAGCUAUAUCUAUCCUCACUCCUAACCGAUAUACCUCCCUUCCUCCCUCUUCCAGACAGACUUACAUUUACAACCAAGUACUCAUUCAGCUACCUACCUAUCGGGGAUAACGUACAGUAUACUUGCUGUCUUGCACUACUGAAUACUGACAUGGCGUCGUUGAUUCGCAUCGCACUCACUACUUACAGUAACAUAUCUAUUGGAUCGGAC